CUCGCAUCGCCGAACGAUCAGCCAUAUCCGCUACUCUUUGUCGUGUCGGAGCGCGUACAUGGAUAUAAUGGCCGACCAACAACGCGACACAACGGCUGCGGCAGUGGUGGUGGAUGUUGACGGGAUGGCGCGGGCGUGUGCGGCGUGCGUGGAUGCCAGGACCCCGACGAGUGACAAGGACUUGGGUGACAUCACAGAGAGUGCAGACCAGCUCCUUGCUCGCAUCGAUGCCUAUGGCGGCCUACUGCAAGCCUUGACAAUGGAACGACAAGAGAUGGAGACAGCAACCCUGCCCAUGCUCAAGGCCAAUUGCGACCGGCUUGUGGAGCUGUUCCACAAGAUUGAUCAGAUUGAAGCUGUGGUGAACAUUGUUCGGGGUAGAAUGCAGGAUGUUGAGGCUGAACUGAACGCGGUAGACAAGAAGCCAAAGAGCACCUCGGUCGUCACUGGCAUGUUCCGGUCUCUUCGUGCAGGCUUUCUCGGGCGACGGUCCGCGUCGCCAUCAUCAUCAUCAUCCUCAUCAUCUUCUUCGAGUGCACCACCGCCUGGCGGGAUAGCAGUAGAGCCCGACCCAAACUGGCAGCCGCCGCAACUCUGGUCAACACCAGACAUAUUCCCUGCCACAACACCACCGCCGCCAGCAACCCAAUAGUGUGGCGUGUGGCAUGUCGGCGCACUCCCUGCGCACUUUUUAAGCCCGGCUCGCUCCAGUUCAACGCUGUGACAUGUUACAGGACUAGCCAGCAAUGCAUGCUUGUAUCUCUGAGUAUUGUGUUGUGUUGUUGUAUGUGUGUGUGUGUGUGUGUGUGUGUGUGUGUGUGUGUGUGUCGCACCUUAGCAACCCCUCCCCCCCCCCCUGUUGGCAUUGCACAAACGAACUGUGCACGAUUGUACGGUAUACAUGUGCGAGCUUGAUACGUUGUACGUGGGGGAUACAUGGCAGCACCAAGUUGCAAUACCAAGUUGCAAUACACACCACAAGAAUCAUACACAGACGUGCGACGUAA